GGGGUGUGGAUUGUUAUGUGUGUGGGUGCGGGCCGCUUGGAUGGUAAGAGGGGUCCCAUAGAUAAAAUUUCCUUUUUUUUCUUCCUCUUUUCUCAUCUAUUAUUUUUUUAUAUAAUUCAGCAUGGCAGAGACUACCCCCGUUGCACCUAGAAUGUUCUCUCCUCUUACCAACUCUUUUGGUUUAAAGGAUCAAAAGCCUUCGGGAUCUCCUUGGAACCCUCUCCAAUGGCCUACUUGGUUCUCAUACCAAAAGGGACGUCUUAACUUGCCCAGCCCUGGAAAGUUUGAAAGACUUCAUGGAGAAGUCACCAAAGAGGUCUUCACUAGCAACUACCUUUUCGAUGGUGCUCAAGCCAAUAUUGUCAAGGAACUUUCUGGAAAUUUCCACGUUCAACAUCAAUUCUCUUUGGGCUCUCAAGUUAUGCCUCCUAUGUAUAACUUUAUGUCUGGUUAUAUGACUGAAAGAACCAUGUUGCAGGGUACCAUGGAUAAUGACACUAACCUUAACGGUGUCUUCAGACAUGCUUGGUCUCCCCGUUCCAUCACAAAGGUGGUUGCACAGCUCACCAACAUGGCUGGUCACUCUAUGCUCCAAGUUGAGCAAGAAGUAAAUGGAUCAGAUUAUUCAAUGACUUUCAAGACCAUGAACCCUAACCCAUUGGAAUUAACAGGUCUUUAUAUGGCUUCUUAUCUUCAAUCUGUUUCUCAGAAUUUGGUGAUUGGAUCCGAAAUUGUUUUGCAACGUCCUACUCCUGAUAUGGAAGAAACCGCCAUGUCACUUGUUGGUAAGUAUACUGGCAGUGAUUAUAUUGCCACGGCACAAUUCCAAGGCGUUGGAGCGAUACAAGCUAGUUAUUACCAACGCAUUAACGAAAAGGUUGAUUUCGGUGUCGAAUUGAAUUUGAUGGUUCAAAAUGGUCGUAGAGAGGCUGUGGCCACUGUUGGUGGUAAAUUCGAUUUCAGACAAGCUACUUUCAGAGGUCAAAUCGAUACCACAGGUAGAGUCUCUGCUGUUUUAGAAGAAAAGAUGGCUCCUGGUUUCUCUUUCCUCAUCAGUGGUGAUUUGGAUCACAUGAAGGGUCAAAGCAAGUUUGGUGUUGGUAUCAUGUUGUCCGCUUAGAUUAUUAUAUUUUUCCUUUCUCUCUCUCUCGAAAGGGGCUUAUUUAAUACACAAAAUUAUAAAUAUUAAAAAGUUUCUUUCUAAUAAGCCAAGUAUAUACAUACAUAUAUAUAUAUAUAUAUAUAAUGAUGAGGGAUGCAUCAAAA